AAUCGCGAUAUAAAUUGCAAAUAUGGAAAAAUUGCGAUGAAAAUAAAUCGUGGGGCGCCAGCGCGCGACGCUACGCGAAUGCCAAUCAGCGGUGUAGCGCGCAGGCGCCGCGAAGCCGCGGCACGCCACGCCGCGACGAACUCACUCGCGCACCGCAUCGCACGCCACACACAACACAUCAACUAAUAACGUUGUAACAAGCUUCGAUUUGCAGUUACCGCGAGAACCACGCCAUUGGAAAGCAACAGAUCGUAUCGUCGUGGUAAUCGUGUGUUGUGCGCGCGAAAAGAAAGUGUGUCGUUGCUAGAAAGAGGAAGCGUAAUUGUAUUAUACGCAGUAAGAGAAGACUGAUCAAAACAAACUCGCGAGUUUUUUCGCCGGUGUCUCGUGCCGGUAUUGCGUGGUUGCGUCUCGACAGAGAUAGAAACGGAGUGAAGUUGUCAAUAAGAGGAUUGAAGUAGAUAGCGUCGUUGACGGUUUGCGAUUCAAAUUUUUACGGUUGCAUGGAGAGUCGUGUUAUGUCAGCCUCAAGUUUGUUUACACGUGAGAUUGUCGGUAGGACUAUUGGAAUAAAAUUGUCAUUGACAAUCGUUUGAGAAGAACAAGAAGGUUAAGUAAAGAAGUAAAAGAGCGGGAAAACGGAAGAGAGUGUAACAAUCGCGGCAGACUGUCGUGACAAGAAAUGACCGUGCAAGAAUUCAAGCCUCGUGGCAGCAGUGCCGAGGAACAACAACCGUCCGGUGAUAUUUUGUCACCGUCUAGUGAACCUCUGGACAACGAAAAGGAACAAUCGGCCCAGAUCUGUUAUCGCGGUGCACACCAGGAUAGCGAGAAUCUGUUGGGACGAGUUUUAGCCGGUAAGUCGUCAUGGCCUUCGUCACAUUAAACCAGAACAUA